AUGCAAUGCACCCAAUCACAUCCCCCACAGGACAAUGACGCCUCGAGGUACCCGUACACGGAUCGCAAAAUCAGCUUCAUCAAUUCGGCGGCACCCCGCAGCCAAGUCGUUCUGACCGAUUAUAAACUGGUCCUGUACGGCGGAUCUUGGGUCGGUACGGAUGUCCUCAGAGUGCACUUCUGCCGCUACCGUGAUUCCCCGCGGGAGUGUCCCUCCCUGGACUCCUUGGAGGCCGCCCUGCCACCGCCUCCCAGGAAGAACCCCCUACCGUCACCAAAGCAAUCGAAAGCGGCGGAUGCCCGCAGGCCGCCCCCGCCUGGUGCAGCCGUUGGCGGUGUCACCGCACCAAAAGCAGUGGAUGUGACAGGGGAGCUCACAUUGUUGAUUACCCACCAAAAGGAAGACCAGUACAUCAUCAUAAAGAGCGACGGCGACAGUGUACCCAUUGCGCUGGGCUAUAAACCCCCCACGACGGACGACAGUGGGCAGCCUGUGACCCGUGGAGCGCUUGUGACCAUCGUGAGUACUCCACCGCCUCGCAUCUCCGGGGGCCGUGUAUGUACAUGCUACAUGAAUGUACGGCUGGGCACCUGUGAACCGGUUCCGGGCACGAAAACCAUCGUCUUAUCGGCGAUGCCACAGCUCUUAUUUCCCGACAAGGGCGCCAUCAUCAAUCAACGGCUGCUAGUAGUGAUUACGGACUAUACGAGCUGCGGCUUACCCCCUACAAUGAGCGUGAACGAAGUGCGGAAUAUCUAUUUGGGACCGCAAGGGGACGGUAGCGGCGGUAUCGCACAAAAAUACACGCAGUGCUCACACGGCAGGUUCAACCUGAACACCACAGCGUUCACGGCGAUCGUUAUUAAUGCCACCUGCCGAAAUGGAGCGGCUAUAGAAUGCGAUCCGUUCAAUGUUUCCGCCGAGGCCAAUGCCAAAGCGAAGACGCUGCUGGGUGAGACGGCGUUUUCAGACUUCACCCAAAGGACCUUCUUGCUGCCGGGCGCCUUGAAUUGUGGUUUCCUGGGCGCCGCGCAGCUUGGAAACACUGAACGCACGGUACGGGAGUCCUGGCUGUUGAAUGUGGACAAAAGCGUGUACCGCUGGGGGACCGUCAUGCAAGAGACCCUUCAUAAUUUUGGUCUGAGGCACUCAUACAAGGAUGGAUUCGAGUAUACCGAUAAUUCAACCGCUAUGGGGCUAGCAAACGCCUGCCCCAACGCCGCUGAGUUGGCCUUCAUGGGCUGGGCCACCCCCGCGGAAGGCGGAGGACAACUCAAUUCCACCGAGCUGCCGGUGGGCACUGUCCGCAGCUUCACUCUGCCCGCCACCUACAUGACGUCGGAAGGAAUCUACCUUCGGGUUACCCCCGACUGGUUGCCAUCGUACAGGAACCUCACCAUAGCCAGGAACCUGUACAUCGCUGUACGAGUCAACAAAAAUGGUGAUGCAGAGCUCAAAAGGCCAUAUGCGAACGCAGUGAAUGUCCACGAGGUCUAUGCGUCUGAGGUGGGUGGGGAGGAUGGGGUCGUCCCAGUGUCAGAUCCUUUCCUUAACUUCCUGGCCGCACCUGUACCUGGCAGUCUAGCCAAUUUGACCAACUAUAACCUCGUCGUGUACGGCGGAUCUUGGGUCAGCCUGGACACUCUCAGAGUGCAUAUCUGCCGCUACAGAUCUACUUCUCAGGAAUGCCCCGACCCGAAGUCUCUAUCGCUGCCACCGUCACCGAGGCCACCAGCACCGCCGCUAAAGCCAAGGCCGCCAACGCCAAGUCCGAGGCCGCCAACGCCAACGCCAAGUCCGAAGCCGCCAAACCCCCCUCAGCGUUCACCACCGCCCAGCAAAUCUCAGAACCCACGAGCUUGA